AUGAAAAAAAUAUUUCCAUCAAACAAUUAAAAUGGGAUUUAAGUUGCUGACCCUGAUCAAACUACUGCUCAAAGGUUCCAUUAAUCCCAAACUUCCAAAGCAAAUUUCUCUGUUGUGCCCAGUGAACCUGGAUAGACAUUAUACGAGAUUAUUGAGAAGAACAAACUACAAUAUUUAGAAUAUUAUGGGUUAUAUACGGAAUAAAGGUUUAUAGAGAAUAUGGCAGGAUUGAUGUCAAUCCCAGAAAAAUAAAAAUUGCUUGAAAGUUUCUUAAAUAUGUUUGAGGAGAUGAUGCAAUGCCUAAACACUAUUUAGAAUAACCUAGGAUUGAUUAACUUUACUUCUUAAGACUUUCAACAGAUUUAUAAUGCUACCCCAGAAAAUGUUGCUAAUACACUUUUUAAGGAUAUUAAGACUCUUGAAGGUCUUCAUUUAGAACUGCAAUAUUAAUCCUCACUCAGAUAUUUGGAAACUGUACUUGAGGCACUUGAUCUAAAUCCCGACCAAUCAAAAAAGUUAUACCAAUUAGAUGUGAAGCAAUGGUCAUCCCAAUGUUACACUCACCUAAACCAGCAUAUCACAACCCGUAGUAUGAAAGCUCAAGAUAAAACAUGCUGUUGCUGCAAAGUAUGA